AUCGCGGUACCACUGAGUCUGGAAUUUCAAAAAAUGAACGAAGCAAUUGAAAAUCUCGAAUUGGCCGAGCAAGAAUUGAUUGACUUCACCGACGAGGAGAGCUAUGGGCGUUUUUUGGACAUGCAUGCAGUUUAUGAGAAAUACGUCAAUAUUAAAGGAAUUAAGAAAGUUGACUAUCUGACAUUUCUAAGCAAUUUCGAUCGUUUCGCCGAAAUUCCAAUAAGUUCGAAGAAAACAGGCAGCUAUCGUGAAUAUCUGAAUGUUUUAAAAGAAUACCUGAUCAAUUUCCUUGCGCGAACUCGACCGCUGCUUGAUGUGAACGAGGAAUUCGAGAAAUCUCUUAUUGGAAAUAAUUCAGGAACACUGAGUGGUUGGAGUCGCGAUCAGCAUGGUGCUCUGGCGCAUUCCGGUGCUUUCCUGGAUCUCUCCUCAUUCGAAUCGGCUGCUGAUUUGGAAGCUCUGGGACUGGAUCAAAGAGCCGAGAGACUGUUCGCAACCAAAGGGCACAAACUGAGUGAAAUGGAGAAAACGGCUUUGGCGAAACGCAAAGAUGUGGAUCAGAAGGAGCAACUGAAGCUCCGCCAAACUGCUCGUCUCGAAACACAAAUACAAAGAAUAGCAUCCCUGCUAAGUGAAGAAAAAGAAGCGACAAAAGAAAAUGUAGAACGAAAGCAAGCACGGGGUGCUGGUGAAAAUGUUGAAGAAGAGGAUGUGGUCGAUGAACUUUCCGAUGAUGAAGAGGAUGACAGCAUACCAUAUAAUCCAAAGAAUUUACCGCUGGGAUGGGAUGGCAAGCCAAUCCCAUAUUGGCUGUAUAAAUUGCAUGGCCUCAAUAUCUCAUAUCCGUGUGAAAUUUGCGGUAAUCAAGAAUGGCGCCAUUCGCACGGCAUGCGCUGCCUUGGCAUACCAAAUACAGCACAUUUCGCGAAUAUUACAAAAAUUUCGGACGCUGUUGAGCUUUGGGCUAAAAUUCGACGACAGAAGGAAACACUGAAAUGGAAUCCGGAAAUUGACGAGGAAUUUGAGGAUUCAGCGGGAAAUGUCGUCAAUAAACGAACCUAUGAAGACCUCAAAAGACAGGGACUUCUUUGA